ACAUUAGUGAUGAUGAACUGGUCUGCGCUAGUGUCAGGGACCUCAAUCGGCAGCUAAAGCUCCGAGGGCUCUGCAGAGAGGAUAUAAUGAAGGUGAAACAACGAAGAAGAACAUUAAAAAAUAGAGGCUAUGCAGCAAGAUUGAUGAAAAAGGAUUCUUUAUUGAUUUUGAUUGAAAAAUGGAAUUGGAAUUUGAAAUACUUCCCACUUCUGCUGAAGAAAACCGAAGCUGUCGAAUCAAGAGAAUAGAGCAGAUUGAUGAAUUGGAGUCGGAACGGACGACAGAACAAGUUGACAUUGAGAAACUUAUUAAUGAAAACCACAAUAUGCGAACUGAAAUUGAUCGGUUGUUCCAGAAUUAUGAAGCCCUUAAAAAGUUUGCAGACCAGAAGAAUAUACCCCUCCCUCCAGAUUUGGAAACCCUAUGAUCUUCAGGGAAAUGCAAGUGUUUUCAUAGUCAUUCUUUGUGCAUUAUUGAUGUAAUGCAGAAGUCCAUGUUGCCUUUACUAAUGAAGUUCAAAUUCAGGAUUAAUAUAAGUCAUGGUUAAUGCCAUGUUAAGACAGUAGUACUCUUGAGUAAAACUGGUCUAACUUUAAAGACAUGAAAUCUAAUAUAUAAGAAUUCUGUAAGAUGUGUUAAAUACUUAGACUAUUUUUCUUGCUGUAGAAAAUAUUGGAUAUACUUACUAUUUGUACAUGUCCAUGCAAAUACUUCUACUGUACCUUAACUCGAUCUGCUAGUGCAUAUUUUGUAGAAAACCCAUUAAGUGUGGCUUUUCAGUUGACAUCAUCAUGGUCUCAUACUUGUGAUAGGCUCUUGUGUGAUAGUUUUUUUUUUUUUUUUUUUUUUUUUUUGUAGUAUUAAGGCAUCUCCCAAAUAUCAUCCCAUUUUUCAUGUUUGUGCAUUUUUUUUUUUUUUUAGGCUAUCCAUUAUUUUUGUUAGCACUGAUGUACUAAAUUCCUAAAUUAUUCAUAUAUUAUACUCAUUAUAUUAUGUAAGGAUUCCCAUGCACUGAAAGACUAAACAACCUACUUCAUGUUAGUCUAGCCAUUACGUUUGCCAAGGACUUGCAAAUGGACAGAAUUAUUUUAGAGUUGCAUGUGUCCUUGUCAUAUGGUUUGCACUUGGGUUAAGAUGAUCUUGGUGUUAAGACACAGCAAAAUGUGUAUUAGUAGUGUUUGUAUAUUGUUCACUCCCUCUAUAAAAAGCCCCAGUGCAUAGUUGCAUUUUAUAUAUUAAGUCUUGCACCUGUGAUAAGUCUCAGCCCAAAUAUUCUCCAGACUUGUAGUGUUUUCAGUUGAUUUUUGUGUGUUGCCUUUUUUCCUUUUUUUGUGCACUAAUCCUAAUCUUUAGGGUAAAUCUCAUCAUAGGAUACUUAAUGUGUUUAUUCUUGUAUUAUCUUGUAUUACUCAGAUGAAACUUGUUUAGAUAAAAAAAAUUUUUUUUUUAGUAUCUUGAGAAAUGGCUUUCCUGUAGUUUAACCAAUACAGUAGGUAUUUAAAGACACCAGUGACCAUAAGAUGAUGAUAAGGAUAAUAAAAGCCAGUGAUACUA